CGGGUCGCCGGGGGCCGGGAGCGGGAGCCGAGGCGGGAAGCGGCCGCCGCCCGGGCAGGGGGGACUAGGCGAGGCGGGGCGGGGCCGGGCGCGACGGGAAGGGAGGCCGCGCCGGCCGGGAGCCGCACCGCGCCAGCCGGGCUGCAGCGGCCGCGCACCGAGCGCCGCAAUGGGGCUGGAGACCGAGAAGGCGGACGUGCAGCUCUUCCUGGACGACGACUCCUACAGCCACCACGGCGACGUCGACUCCGCCGACCCCGAGAAGUUCGCCGACUCGGGCCAUGACCGGGAUCCUCACCGGCUCAACUCACACCUCAAGGUGGGCUUUGAGGAUGUAAUCGCAGAGCCCAUGACUACGCACUCCUGUGACAAAGUGUGGAUCUGCAGCCAUGCCCUCUUUGAAAUCAGCAAGUACGUGAUGUACAAGUUCCUGACGGUGUUCCUGGCCAUCCCCCUGGCAUUCGCUGCGGGAAUUCUCUUUGCCACCCUCAGCUGCCUGCACAUCUGGAUUAUAAUGCCUUUUGUAAAGACCUGCCUAAUGGUUCUGCCUUCAGUGCAGACAAUAUGGAAGAGUGUGACAGAUGUUAUCAUUGCCCCAUUGUGUACAAGCGUGGGACGAAGCUUCUCUUCUAUCAGCCUGCAGCUGAGCCACGACUGAACACUUGGACCCCAGGUCUGGAGAUUUGGAUACUGUAAUACUUCUUUGUUAUUGUAACAUAAAAGCACUACUGUUCAUUUCCCAACUGUUCUAAUUAAGAAAACUAUGAAGAUGGGCAACCACAUUUAGAAAUGUUUAUUGGCAGCCCUUUUCAAAUAAUGCUUUUCUAAUUAAUAGCCAAGGAUUUCAUAGCUAACUUUGUAACCUGAAUUAUACAGUAGGUUGAAAACACUUAAUUUGAAAGGCAGACAAUUUUUUGCUUUUGUAAAAAAGCAUACUUUUUUUAAUGAUGAAUCUAUGGUGAUCAAGGGUCAUUUCUCUCAAAACACUACAAUAGUUUUGUACACUGUUUGCUCAUAAAAAUAUGGUAUUUCUUAUUUUUUGUAAGCCUGGGAGUGAUACUUUUUAAAUUACCUUUACAGAUAUCAUCAUAAGGAUACUUAGAGAUGGGAUAUACGAAGAUCCUAGAAAUUUCAGUAACAAAAGCACACAGUGAUUAUAGUAACUAUCAAAUAUAAUAAAACAAAUAAAUGUGAAAAUAAGAUUCAUGAAAAUGUGUUCUUUUAAGGUAUUGUUAACCUAUAAGCCUAUUUAACAAGAUGUUUCAUUUUACUGUAUAUUUUGUACUUAAUGUAAAUGUUGCUCUAAUCAGAUUGCUUUAAAGCAUUUUUAUUAUAUUUGUUAUCUUGUUGAACUAAUAUAUAGAAUGAGUAAAUGUAGCUCUCACAAGGUAACUUCAUUGGUAAGAUUGCACUGUCUUGAUUAUGAAAGCACUUAUAUAUCUUCUUUG